AUUUUCUACAUAACACGAAACUGUUGACGGCAUAGUGUCCGUGUAGAAUAACUUUCAGUUCGACUGACACGAGUAAUAGAUUGUGGUUAAAAAUAACAGUUCACUUUUGCUUGGAUAAUACAAUAAUAACAAUAAAAUUUUUGAAAGCAUCAAAAUGCUUGACGAUUUCGAAAACACUACGCCGACUAAUGAUUAUACUAAUAACCGAACGAUCAGUGUUGCCACAACAACCGCAACACAAACGCAUUCCGAUUUUCAUUGUUGUAACUGGUUUGGACUAUAUCAUUACUUGGUGGUGCUUUUCAUAUUUUUCGUUGGCUUAUGCAUACUCUUCGUAAAGAUGAUAAUGAAAGCUCGACGAAAGCACUACCGACGCUUACAGCCAGCUCGUCUCCGCGCUCAAGGAAGUGGAAAUGUGUGUACACCACCAAAUAACUCAGAGUGCCCGAAUGCAGCGAUGCCAAGAUGUGACAAUCCGCCCACAUACGAGUCUGCCAUGGCCAAUUACAUCGAUGCCAAGCAGCAGCUGCGUGCGAUGGAGGAGGGUGCUGUGGCCGGCGCUAUGGCAAUGACUGCGUCAACAACAACAAUCGAAACAUGUGUCACUGAUGUUGAGUCAAGUCGCACCGAUUUAAGGGCACCAAAUGUAGUAGAAAUAGCACCCACAGGCAGCAUUAGCGUCAAUUUAACCAGCGAAGAAACAAAGCCGCCGCUGCAGUGAUAGGAAAGUGUGAAUUAUCUAUGGAACCAUUGGUGCACGUACUUGUGGUCUAAAUUUUUACAUCUACUUGAGCAUAUGUAUGGCACCAAUGAACCAACCAAAAAGCAAUAACCACCUCUUCCUACUUUAAUUAAUGCUAUAUACUAUACACUGUAUCAAAAAAAUAUAUAAACAAAUGCUAUACUGCUUAAAUGUUUGUCAAAAAAAAAAGUAAAAUUUUUUUCUGUGUAUUUUAUGUAAAAAAACAUUGAAAAUAUUCAACGUAAAAACAACUAACGAUACACUAAAACCUAUAAUUGAAUUGUCAAUUAUUGAAUUAUGCCAAAACCUAAAAUAAAUAAAUUAAACAAGAAUGCUAAACAAAAGAAAAA